AAAAUGGAUGAAAUUAAAGAAAAUUUUCUUAAAAAAUAUGUUAAUCCAGAUAUGAAAUCAAAUGAUUGGGGUAAUUUUAAAACCGAAAUAAAUGAGCUACUAAAGGAAUUUUUGAAAUUAAUCUUAAUUAAAGAUUGGUCGACGAAAAAUGAUGCGGAUGCUUCCUUGUUUGCCGUAUUAAUUCAAAUAUUUGAUACAGCUAAAUUUUUAGAUAAAGACAACAUAUUUUCAUUUAGAGCUUACAAGGAUAUUUUUUUGAGUUAUGUUAAUCAUGUAAAGACAAAGUUGGGAUUAGAUGUUGAGGAGGAUAAAAAAGAUAAACAAAGACAUUUGUCUCUUAAUUAUGAACCUGUUAAUACAGAAGACAGUGAAUAUAACGGACCAUUUCUUUUAAAUAUGCCCACCAAUUUUCAUUCGGUUAUGAAGUUCAAUUUUGAAGAUUUUCUAAAUAUAUUUGAACAAACAAAUAUUAACAUAAUUUUAAAUGAAUUGAAAAAGUAUAGGAAUUUUAAUGAGGAAAAUUCAUUGUUAUUUGCAAAGAUUGGUAUGAAAAUUAAAGUAAAUUCAAUUUUAAAUGUGGAUGAAGAAAAUAUUGACUACUUUCGAGGAAUGUUUUUGGAAGCUAUUUUCUAUAUUUGUAGUAAAUGUAGAGAAGGUUUUGAAAUGUAA